AUGGAAACGCGACCGAACUGUAACGACGACUUGAAUGCAAUGAAUCGUAUGGAGCUACAUAUCUUCGUAGACGCGAGUGAAGAAGCCUACGCAGCUGUAGCUUACUUUCGAAUCGUGCCGCCGGAUGGUGAUAUCAAGGUGGCAUUGGUCGCCGCCAAGACAAAGGUAGCCCCGCUUAAACCAAUGUCGAUACCACGGCUGGAAUUACAGGCUGCAGUACUUGGAAUAAGACUGAUGAAGUUCAUUCUAGAAAGUCAUCCGGUGAAAAUCGCUAGAAGAGUUCUACAUUCAGACUCUAGCACGUUUCUGUCCUGGAUCCGGUGCGAUCCCCGUCGCUAUAAACAGUACGUUGCACUCCGUGUCGCAGAAGUACUCAGCGAGUCUGAGGUCGACGAGUGGCGAUGGGUACCGUCGAAAAUGAAUCCUGCUGACAUCGCUACUAAGUGGGGCCACGGACCACCCCUCGAUCCAGACCACGAAUGGUACCGUGGAUACAAGUUCAUGAAACUGCCGGAAACUACGUGGCCGCCGCAACGUGUAGCCAUCCCAAUAACUGAGGAAGAGAUUCGUUCAUGCUAUACGCAUCAUGGGAUCUCUAUUCCAACACCAGUAGUUAACUUCAACAGAUUCUCAAGGUGGCCCACGCUGCUGAGAGGACUGGCGUAUGUCUUUCGAUACGUAAGCAACUUACACCGGCGGAUAAAGAAACAAGACACCACUGCAGGAUACCUUACGCAGGAAGAGUUGAGGAAGGCAGAAACGCACCUGAUUCGCAUGACACAGUGGGAAGUCUAUUCUGAUGAAAUGGUGACGCUGCACGGCAAUCAACAUCUGUCGCCUGAACGCAGGCAGCCAUUGGAAAAGAAUAGUAAAUUAAACAAACUUACUCCGGUUUUGGACGAGAACGGCAUCCUCCGAGUUGACAGUCGCCUCAAUACUGCCAAGAAUAUCGCCAUGCAGACGAAUUUCCCGAUUAUUCUACCGAAAAAGCAUCCGCUUGCAUACUUGAUCGUCGACCACUUUCAUCGCCAAUAUCGGCAUGCCAACAGUGAAACCGUUGUCAACGAGGUACGACAGCUGUAUAAUAUCCCGCAACUUCGUCCAUUGGUCAAGAACGUUGCUCGAAAUUGCCAGGAAUGUAAGAUAGCAAAAUCUAUGCCAAGAAUACCGCGAAUGGCUCCUCUUCCGAAUGCACGUCUGGCUUUGUUCACUCGACCCUUCACCUACGUCGGGGUUGACCUGUUCGGUCCGCUGCUGGUAAAACUAGGAAGAAGCAACGUGAAACGGUGGGUGGCAUUAUAUACUUGCUUAACGACAAGAGCUGUACACGUGGAAGUUGUAUAUAAUCUCUCUACUGAGGCGUUCGUGAUGAGUAUGCGUCGAUUUGUGGCUCGUCGCGGAAGCCCUGUUGAGGUAUACUCGGAUAAUGGGACGAACUUCCAAGGUGCGAAUCGAUUGCUUCAAGAACAGAUUCAGAAAAUCGCCGAAGGUAUGGCAGCCACUUUUACCAAUACAACAACCAGAUGGGUGUUCAAUCCUCCGGGCGCUCCCCACAUGGGCGGUUCAUGGGAACGUUUGAUGCGAUCGAUCAAGGUAGCGAUGGCGGCGGUCAAUUCGUCGGGGCGAAAGCUGGACGACGAAGGACUCCUCACACUUAUAGUCGAGGCUGAAAGCAUCGUCAAUUCGCGUCCGCUGACGUAUAUGCCGCUAGACUCUGAAGAACAGGAGGCGAUCACUCCCAAUCACUUUCUGUUAGGCAGCAGCAAUGGUGUUCGUCAGCCGCGUUGGGUACGCGAGUUUCUACCAACACUCACUCGUCGUACGAAAUGGUUCGGUGAUGUAAAACCAAUCAAAGUUGGGGAUUUGGUAUUCGUUGUCGAUGGGACUAGAAGGAAUGGUUGGAUCAGAGGCCGGGUGCAAGAGGUGCAUGCCGGGAAGGAUGGACGAAUUAGGAAGGCGAUUGUUCAAACUCGAAGUGGGCUCAUGCGUCGGUCGGUCUCCAACUUAGCAGUUCUCGACGUGAGAAAGGAUAGUAAAACUGGUUCAGGAACUGCCGGUGACCAGUAUUACGGGGAGGAGACUGUUACGAACCGGGUGCACUGCCCCGGUCAGAGAGAAGCGCCACAGGGGUUCGCUAAACGACCGAGUAUGACAGCUGCCAACAGUAUUCACCGUGAUGAGAACAAUCUUGAACGUUAA